AUGACGACCGCCGAUCCGGAAAAGGUAGAUCGGGCACCGGUUCUGUGCAAAGAUGACGACCGCCGUGAUCCGGAAAAGUACGAGCGUUCCGCUACAUUCUCGAGCAGCAGUAGCAGCAGCAGCAGCAGCAGCAGCGACGAUGAUGAUGACGCUGCAUCGUCAAAGAUUAGACAGUCGCUGUCACGCGUCGCCUCGGCCACGUCUCGCAAGUCGGGCAUUUCCCGCACCGUGUCCGAGGUCCGCGACGGCAUGCUGAAUCAGCGCGAUCUCGAGGUUGGCGAGGACGACGACGGCGGCGGCAGCAACAGCAAAGAGCAGCAGGCCCCGGAUCCGAACCUGGUGACGUGGGACGGGCCCGACGAUGUAGAGAAUCCCAAGAACUGGUCCUUGAAUAAAAAGUGGUUGGAUGUUAUCCUUGUCUCCCUCUUCACCUUCAUCUCCCCCAUUUCCUCCUCCAUGGUUGCCCCCGGCCUCCCCGCCAUCGGCAAGGACCUGCACAUUGACGGCCGCACCGAGCAAGUCCUCGUCAUGUCCAUCUUUAUCGCCGCCUACGCCGUCGGUCCCCUCUUCUGGGGGCCCUUGUCCGAGCUCUACGGACGCCGCGUCGUGCUCCAAACCUCCAACGCCUGGUUCUUUUGCUUCAACCUCGGCUGCGCCCUCGCGACCACCUCGCGCCAAAUGAUUGCGUUUCGCUUCCUCGCGGGGCUCGGCGGCUCGGCGGCGCUCGCCAUCAGCGGCGGCAUCCUCGGCGACUUGUUUUCGGCGGAGCGCCGCGGCAAAGCCAUGAGCGUGUGCUCGCUGAUGCCGCUGCUCGGGCCGGCGAUUGGGCCGAUUGCGGGGGGGUGGAUCGCGCAGCAGACGUCGUGGCGGUGGGUGUUUUGGAGCACGACGAUUGCGUGCGGCGUCGUGCAGGCCGCGGGCUUGGCGGCGUUGCGCGAGACGUAUGCGCCGGUACUGCUGCAUCGGAAGCGCGUGCGGCUGGUGCGCGAGACGGGCAACACGGCCCUGCGCACCGAGUACGACCGCCCGGACCGCACGCUCGCGCAGACGCUCGCGACGGCCCUGACGCGGCCCUUUCGCCUGCUCGGCACGCAGCUCAUUGUGCAGAUUCUCGCCCUCUACAUGACGUACCUCUACGGCACCAUUUACAUUCUCUUCUCCAGCUUCCCGACGCUCUUUGCCGACGAGUACCACCAGCGGCCCGGCAUCCAAGGGCUCAACUACAUCUCCAUCGGGCUCGGCUUCUUCAUCGGCACCCAAGUCUGCGCCCCGCUGCAGGACCGCAUCUACGCCGCGCUCAAGCGCCGCUACGUGCCCGACGGCGGACCGGGGCGGCCCGAGUUCCGCGUGCCCUUGAUGGUGCCCGGUGCCGUCCUCGUGCCCGUCGGCCUCCUCAUCUACGGCUGGACCGCCGAGUACCACACCCACUGGAUAGGGCCCAACAUUGGCGCCUGCAUCUUUUCCCUCGGCAGCAUCGUCGGCUUCCAGUGCGUCCAGGGCUACCUCGUCGACACGUACACGCGCUUCGCCGCCAGCGCCGUCGGCGCCGCCACCGUCAUGCGCAGCCUCGCCGGCUUUGGUUUCCCGCUCUUUGCCCCGGAAAUGUAUCGGGCGCUGGGCUACGGCAAGGGCAACACGAUACUGGCGGUCGCGGCUAUUGUGAUUGGCUGGCCGGCGCCGGUGCUGCUGUGGUACUUUGGCGCCAAAUGGCGUGCCAAGAGCAAGUUUUCUGCGUAA